AUGUCCAUCGAGCACAUUAACUCGAAUGAAAAUGCCACUUUUUCCCAUAUCUUGUCACACGCGACGAAAAUUGCAUCUUCGACUGGUUUGGUGUUUGUGAGCGGACAGGUCCCUGUGGAUGCAACUGGGAACCUUAUUCAGGGUACUAUUCAAGAGAAGACUGUUGCUUGUCUCAACAACAUUGCCAACGUCCUUCGUGCGUCGGGAACGGAAUGGACUAAGGUCGUCAAAGUCAACAUCUACCUGAAGGAUAUGAACGACUUUUCGCGGGUCAACCAGGUCUACGAGACGUACGUUCCCAGUCCCAAACCAGCAAGGACCUGUGUCCAGGCGGCGAAAUUGCCUAAUGAUGUUGACAUUGAGAUCGAAGCUAUCGCUACUACCUAG